UGUGCCUUAUCUCAUUUCUGUCUCAGUUAUGAUACAUCACUUGUCAAUCUUGUCAGUUAAAGUUUGUAAACAAUAAGUUGAAAGUUUCUUAAAUAUAAUAAAAUGGGUAAAACGUAACUUGUUAAUGUUGAACGUCAAAUUGUUCUACCUCUUUAACAUUGUUGAUAUUUUGAUGUGGCAGCACUGGUUUAGGGCAAUAUUUUGAAGUAGUUCAAAAGAUAUGAAUUGAAUAGUUUUUUGGCUGCCAGUACAUUAAAAAAACACAUAGUUCUGAAAUUUCACUCCACGAUCCAACCCACAGUUUCAACGAAAUGGUUAUUUGCAAAUUUUUUCUUCAAGGAACGUGUAAAUUUGGUGAUUUUUGCAAUUUUGAACACCAAAUUAAUGACAGUUUCAACAACUUCCAAAAUGGGACAUCAAUUCUUAGGAAACCAAAUUUCGGUACUACCCAACCUCAAUCAAAUUUUGGUACUACCCAACUGCAAUCAAAUUUUGGUACUACCCAACCUCAAUCAAAUUUUGGUACCCCCCAACUUCAACAAUCAAAAUCCACAGUACAAACUUCUCCCCCGAGUACUGCCGAUACAGCUACUCUGGUUAAAUCUGUUGUAAAUGAUAUGACUUCAGCUGAAAAAGGAGGUCAGUGGUUACUUUCUUGUUAUGCACCAUUCAAAGAAAAACCCGCUUUCCCUGGUUUCGAGGAUCAGAGCUUUGAAGAGAUGCGUCUUGCUUAUUAUGAAGCAAUGAAAAGUGGUACCUUAGAUCAAUAUAAACAACAAGUUCAUAUGAUGAUUCAGCAGAUUCAAAUGAAGAUAAAAUCUCUUCAGAACCCUUCACCUGAUAUGAUUAAUUUACUGAAAAAUAUAUACAAUACUCCACCUUCAUCACAGUCAGGAGUUUUUUCGGGAAAUUUAUUCAAUAGUCCUAAUACUACGUCACUCAAUCAGCAGGGUACAGGCUUUGGACAACAAAAUACUUCAAUAUUUGCUCAGGCAAACCAGAACUUGUUUGGUGGAACUCAGCAACAACAAACCACUCCUCAAACUUCUUUUGGUUCCACAGGAACUAAUAUUUUUGGAACAACUUCACAAAAUAAUGUGUUUGGAGGUCAAGCAAUCAGUAAUAAUCCUUUCACCACCUCACAACCUUCGGCGCAGACUGCAAAUACCAGUAUUUUUGCAAAGAACAAUUUCAGCUUUGCGUCUGCUGCUAACUCUGUUUUUGGUGUGCAACAGGCUCCUCAACAACCGUCAGGAUCUAUUUUUGGAGGAAAUAGUAAUGCUAGUGUGACGGCACAACCAGUUUCACAACAAAAUGUAUUUGGGGGUCAGAGCAUUUUUGGACAGCCUGUUCCUCAGAAUACUGGACUUUUCAAUACUAGCUCUGUUUCCCAGCAGCCACAAACUAGCAUAUUUGGAUCGCAACCACCAGUCCAUACUUCGCAAACAGUUACUGAAAAUAAUCAGGCUCCUACAAAUAUCUUUGGAGCUGCUGCAGCUCAGACCAAAACUGCAGGAUCCAUCUUUGGGCAACAAACAGGACCUAGCGAACCUAAUCCUAUUUCAAUUUUUGGUCCUACAAAACUCAAUGUUGCGAACCAAGAACCCAAUAUUAGCAUUUUUGGUGGAUCAGCAGUAGCAAGCAGUUCAGUUCAAUAUGAUGAAAGUUUGUACUCCAAAUUAGAAGAUUUAACUGAAGAAGAAGUUAAAUGGUUUCAAAGUGAUAGUUUAGAUAUUAAUGGAAUACCAGAAAAACCACCCACUUUUGAAAUGUGUUUCAGAACUUAAAUUCAGUAUUGAUGUCUUGUAAAUGAUUGUUGAUUUUAGAGUCUGUUAACAUUAUUGUACUUUAUUUAUUUAUAUUUGCAUUUUUGUUCUGGAGAAUAAAUGUAUAGAAGCCAAA